AUGCUAUCAAUUUUUCUACAACUUUUUUGUUGCGCUCAUCAAAAGGCUAGUUCUGGUAAAUCACAGAAUAUCUGUCAACAGUUAUGUUCAUUUGUUGAUAUGCAGUUAGAUUGUAAAGAAUAUUUUUUGCUUAAAAAAUCUUCAAAAAGUUUGUAUGUGUGUGUGGUAAUUCGUGAUGAAGGUGUAGCGUAUUCUUAUUGGAAUUUUGAAAUACAAGAAAGUGCAAUGACGAUUUUUAGUAUCGUUUACUCUGAGGAUAUAUUAGCAACCAAGAUUAGGACUACUUUGCAUGUUUUUUCUAAAUCUUUUAAUGUUGAUAAUGUUUUUAUUUUUACUACAAAAGAUGGCCUUAAUCAUUUAUGCAAAGAGGAUGUGCAGGAGAAAUUAAUCACUGGAUUAAAAGAGUUGACAUAUGAAAAAUCGGGACCAAAAUACCAUUUUAAAGGGUAUGUUACUGAUGAAAUAAGCUUAAUAGCUAGGACUAUAAAUAAGAAUAAUGAAUGGGAAAAACAGUCAGAAAAUUUUAAUGUUGACAGCAAUUUAUACAUAAGACUAGAUUCAGAUAAAGAUUUUUAUUUUGUAUUUGAUCUAGAUUUAGAUUAUUUCAACUUUAAUUCAUUGCUUAAAAAUUAUAUAGUUUCCAUGUUUGACGAUAAAAAUGGGAUGUUCCAUAAGUUUUUAACUAAUUUUGAUUUCGUUUAUUCAUUUAAUAUUAAAAAGCUAGUGGAUAGGAUAAUAUCAGAUAAAAAAGAACUAUCAGACCUCAAAAAGUUGUCCCGUGAAGUGCGUAAAAAAAAAUUGUUGUUAAAAGGGGGAGAUCUCAGUAUAACAUUUCCAGAUGUUGCUAAAUAUAAAUGUCUAGAAUGGAUUGAUAAGAUUUCUGAGCAAUAUGACUGCUACAAAAAAUUUAUUAAAGAAAUUGAAGAACUUGAAGAACUUGAAGGCGAAAGGUUUAACAUGUUUUUGGUUUUUAUGUUUUCAAUAUCAAGGCAAGAAAUAUUUAAGCUUUUACUAGCGCAUGUUUUAAGUAGUGAAUCUAAUCUUGAAAAAUUUUAUAUCGUUGAAAUUUUGUUUCAGUUAAAUGUUAUUGAUAGAAAAACGUCAGAUAAUCUACUUCAAAGGGGGAAUGUACAAAAUUUACAGUCAUGGAAGGAAAAAAUUGAUGACAAGUUUUUGGCGCCUUUAUUAAGACUGACUAAUACGCUUCCAUUUCAUAAUACGUUGAUAAGAUAUUUAUUUAUAAUUUUGUUUAUCAAAAUGAAUAUGUUAGAAAAAGAUUGUAAAGAAAUAAAAGAUUGCUUACGUACAUAUCACUCGGAUUGCGAAAACCUUUUGAUGGAUUUAAUUGAUCGAAAAGAAAAACCGUUUUUUCUUUUAAUUGAAACUUCUGAGAUAUCAUUGGAAAAAGUAUCUUCGGUGUUAUAUUGGAUUAUUUUGGAUACAUCUAGCGAUUACGAAAAGAGUUUUACGAAUUACGUUUACAAGGAAUUGAGUAAGCAGUGUAAAAAGAUAAUGAAUUUCUACGAAAAUCCUACGAGACGGAUUAAAAAGAAAGAAAAAGAACAAAUUGCUGCUUUAUAUAAAAAAAUGAAGAGCAUUGUUGCAAUAAGCUCGUAUGAAACAUUAUAA